AUCAACUAACCCCUGUAGACAAAAUCCUUGACAUAGGGUGCGGCGACGGCGUCCUAACCGCGCGCCUAUCCCGACACUGCUCAUCAAUCCAUGGCAUCGACAGCUCCGAAAACAUGCUAUCCAGCGCAAGAACCCACAAUUCAACUUCAAAAACCACAUACACCCACCUCGACGCCACCCACCUCCCCAACCCCACAACCUCCGCCAUACUCCCGCCACAAACCUUCACAAAAAUCUUCUCCAAUGCCGCCCUCCACUGGGUCCUCUGCGUCCCACCCCCCCCAACGCAUUGAAAUUCUAAAAUCCCUUCAUAACCUCCUCGUCCCCUCGGGAACCUUCGCAGCGGAAUUCGGUGCCCACGGGAACUGCGCGGAGGUCCACACCGCCCUGAUCGCCGCACUCGUGCAUCGGGGCGUCGCGGUGGAAGUGGUGCGCGAGGCAUGUCUGUGGUGGCUCCCGACCGAGGAGGAGGUCAGGAAGCUGUGGGGUGAGGCUGGGUUCGUCGUUGAGAGCUUGCGGGUGGAGCUUCGGCAGACCGAGCUGCCGCAGGGGGAUAUUGGGGGGUGGGUGAGGUUGUUCGGGAAUGCUUUUUUAGAGUUGGUGCAUGAGGGUGAAAGGGAGGGGGUUGUGAAGGAGGUUAUGAGUGUGCUCGAGAGUGUUGGUCGGGUGGGCGGUGGCAGCGGGGUUUUUAGGAUUAAUUAUAUUAGAUGUCGGAUUUUGGCGAGGAGGGGGGUGUGACUAUUUCUUUUUCUUCCCCCUAUUGUUUUAGUUGUGGGGAUGGUGGGGUGGGUGACGGCUUGUGGAGAGGUGGGGGGAAGUCAAGUAUGUUUAGAAAGUGAUGUUUGUCAAUCACACCCCUGUGACGCAGCGGUUAGCGUGUCGUUCUUAUACAGAGUAUUCUCCUAAUUG